ACUCACGGCACACUGGACCCACGAGGAGGCAUGGCCUCCACAGAGUCCCGGGGUGGGGCUGAGACUACAUUUCCCAGCGUGCCCCGGGGCCGCUUCCGGCCGCCAUGUUGGCAGUGAGGGGCUCCCUCAGCGCUGACGCGGCCGGAGGAGCGCGGCCGGGAGGGGACGAUGAGGCUCCUGCCGCUCGCCGUGCUCGCCCUGUGCUCCGUGGCUCGCUGUGAGGACGGCGCCAGGCUCUUGGCCUCCAAGUCGCUGCUGAACAGAUACGCGGUGGAGGGCAAGGACCUGACUCUGCAGUACAACAUCUACAACGUGGGCUCCAGUGCGGCUUUGGAUGUGGAGCUGUCGGAUGAUUCCUUCCCUCCGGAAGAUUUUGGCAUCGUCUCGGGAAUGCUCAACGUCAAGUGGGACAGGAUCGCUCCAGCCAGCAACGUGUCCCACACCGUGGUGCUGCGGCCUCUCAAAGCUGGAUACUUCAACUUCACCUCGGCCACAAUCACCUACGUGGCGCAGGAGGGGGGACAGGUUGUGGUUGGUUUCACCAGUGCUCCAGGGCAGGGAGGGAUCUUGGCCCAACGGGAGUUCGACAGGAGGUUCUCCCCACACUUUCUGGACUGGGCAGCUUUUGGUGUGAUGACCCUGCCCUCCAUUGGCAUCCCCCUGCUGUUGUGGUACUCGAGCAAGAGGAAGUAUGACACCCCCAAGACCAAGAAGAACUGAGCCAAGGCAGAUGCCACCAGCACCCCAGAGCCCAGCAUCCCGUUGGGAUCAGGUCUGGAGCCAGCAACUCCUUCCACAGGGUGAGGUGGUGUCUUCUCCGACCCAAACCUGAACAUCCCAACCCCAAAUCUGCACAUUCGAUGUGGAAUCUCAAGGUGGGAACCACACCUUGAGCUGCUGCUGCUCCUCAAGGUGGGACACAAGAGCUCUCCUGGAGCUUCUCCUGGAAGUCCCGUUGUGCUUCCAGGAGCGGUGGGUUGGGGGGUUCUGGUCUUGCUGGUGGCUCUGAGGGCUUGAGGUGUGCUUUGGGACUGAGGAUUUUGUAAUAAAAUGAACGUGAAUGGAA